UUUGGUUUUAUUUGAUCGAAAAUUUGUAAAAUUUUUCUAGAAUCGUCAAAAGAAAUAGGAGUAUAAUUUUUGAGAAAUUUUAAAAAGUCGACUUGGAAACCGAAUAGCAGCAAGACCUUAUGUUUUUUGACUAAACUCGUCGAGAUCUACAUCUCAGAAUUUUUUGUAGAUUUUUAGCCAAUUUCAACAAAAGCUCAAUUUUUGAAAAUCUAUAAAAAAAUUUGACUUCCCACGCAUUUUCGAAAACUAGCAGAAGGGAUCUUUUUAUUGAUUUCGAUCUCCAAAUGUUUUUUUUUUGGUUUUAUUUUUUCGAAAAUUCGUACAAUUUUUCCAGAGCCGCCAAAAGAAAUGUAAUUUUGAAAUAUCGACUUUGGAACCGAAUUUUUGAAAAAUGUUGGUCUGGGACCAUCAAGACCUUAUGUUUUUUGAUUAAGCUCAUCGAGAUCUACAUCUCAGAAUUUUUUGUCGAUUUUUUGUCCAUUUCAAUAAAAGCUCAAUUUUUAGAAAAUCCAUAUAAUAUUUUUGACUUUUCUCAAGUACAUAGUAGGCUAUGGAAUAAAAUGUGACAUGUUCAUUUUUUUAUAGGGUGAUAUUGCCAAAUAAUAUACCCCGUAAGAAAAUAAAGGUGGGGCGGGUGGGGCCAGUUAAUAUGCUUCGGCAAUCGGCAUUAUAUUGAAAUUUUAUUAUUAAUUUGAAAUUUAUAAUGUAUAAGUCUUCCAGGGGGGGCAACCACAACUGCUAGAGGGGGCUCAGCCCCCUCUUGCCCCCCCGUAGCUACGGGGCUGUCCCAACCCGUGACGAGAGGACUGACAUGACUUACGUAAUCCUCUUUGCUCCUCUUAGGAUACAUACGGUCACUAACGUCAUUGCCUCCACUGAUGCAAUCCGUUGUGUGAAGAGUGAAUUGCACGGAAAGCCGCAAUUCUAGUUAAUCCGUGACCAGAGGACCGCAUCGAGCGACGUAAUCGGAACAUUUGGUUUUCCAGUUUUAAAGUUAAAUUAUAAAAUGUUGUUAAACAUACAGUUUUGAUCUUUGUUCUAAAAAUGUCUAGGGUAAAAAUUUAAGACGAAUUCAUAUACGGUAGACAAACAGGCAAACAGACAGACAGAUAGACGAAAACGGGAGACCCUUUUGUCAUCUCUUUGGGUUAUGAAACGUCGAGAAAAUAUGUAAGUAGCCAGCUAGAAAAGUCACACCCAAAAGCUUCACAAUUUUUCUAAAAUUUUGACGAUUUUCUAUGUUAAUUGUCUAUCAAAAUGGCCCAGGACCCCCACUACAUAGCUACUAUAUGCUGUAGAAACAAGUUUCAAUUAUCAAGAAGAGAAUAUGAAAAUGACUAACGACCGGAAAUGGAACAUUAAAAAAAAUGUUAGUUUAUUGUUGAUAAAUUAUUAUUAUUACUGUUAUCAUAUUAUGGUCAAGUUAUUUAAAUAAAUUUCGCUUUUGCUACAAUUUUCAGUUUAAUAGCUUCAUAUAACGUACUACUUUAUCACCGUGUUUUGAAUCAGGUGUCGGCUAGUAUGCAAAAUUAAGUCAAAUUUAAACCUAUCGUUUAGGUAGUUAAUUAAAAGGUGCAUGGUCAAGACUUUGUUUGUGUUUUCAACUUUUUCAACAUUUUUAUUGUGUCGUAAACUGAAAUUAUCAACACAAAAAUCAAGUGUCCUGUCGCGUUUCUCAUUUAUUAGAGAGCAAAUGUUCACAACUACUGUACCACUUACUUAAAAUUCCACUUUAAUAGGGGCAAUAAUACCCAAUAGUACGUCAUGCCGGUUUUUUAUACCAUUGUUUUAAAAAUAUACACCUCGCCCUUGAAAAUUAGAUAUACUAAUAGCGGUUUUAUGGUGGAAAACAGGCACGAUAUAAAUCUUCCCUUUAACUCAGUUCUUAUUCACCAUGGUUGCCACCCGGGAUUCCGACCAUCAACAAACCUUUACAGUGACCCAUCGCGGCAACCAUUACAACAUCCGCAACUUCCUUCAAAAGUACCACCCUGGAGGGUUCAAAUGGGUGAAACCGUACGAAGGCAAAGACAUCACCAAGAGUAUGGAAAAGUACCACCAUUCCAAAAACGCCUACUAUAUACUACGAGAAUACAAAAAAGGGGGUCGUGAUAGUUCCAAAAAUGACAGUGACGAAGACUUAGAAAGCAUGGUGGAUUGGAGCAAACCCAUGGUGAGUCAAGUGGGGGCUCUUGGAACUAAAUACCAAGAAUGGGUGAUGUUGCCCGUAGACCGGAAACUAAUCUUAUUUGGAAACCCUAUUUUGGAAAACUUGACUAAAACACCACUCUACAUGGUACCGUUGUUUUGGAUUCCGGUUCUUACCUGCUUUUUUGCUUAUGGAUGGAAGGAGCUCAAUUGGUCUUUAGAUCUGUACUCAUGUCUACACAUGUCUUUGAGUACUCUAAUUGGUGUAGUUAUGUCAACAUUAGUGGAGUAUGCAUUCCACCGAUGGAUUUUCCAUUCGGUUCCUUCAGGAGAAAAUAAAAUGAUGAUAUACAUCCAUUUUUUUAUACAUGGUCUUCACCAUAAAGCCCCUUUUGAUCCGCGGACCACUGUUAUUCCUCCUGUUGCAACGACGGUACUUGCUUAUUUAUUUUAUUUACUAUACUCUGUAUUUUUGGCCAGAUCAGUUGUGUUUUUUGUAAUGACAGGAAUGAUAAUGGGCUACAUUACAUACGAACUUACUCACUACUAUAUGCAUUUUGGAGCACCUAACGAAAACAGUUAUUUCCACUAUCUGAAAAGAAUACACAACCAGCACCAUUUCAAUCACCACGAUAAAGUAUUCGGAGUAAGCAAUAUGUUUUGGGAUACAAUUUUCAACUCACUGGUUGAAUUAAAGAAGCUGCACAUGCCUGUAAAAUGGUGAAAGUGAGUAGAACGUUGUUCUGAAUUAUUUAAGUAAGGGUGAUCAGAAUUAUUUGGUUACGGAAGAUUCUUAUAUUUUUUUAGAAAUAU